UGCCGAGCAUCAUGGGGAACACAGAGAGUGUGGUGGUGCAGAAGCGACUGGCCCGCUUCCGCCCAGAGGAGCGGCCUGUGGUUGAGGGGGUUUUCGACAAACUCCAGGGCAAUACUGGGGGUGCUGCGGGAUCCUCAGGGAAGACAGUCACAGGAAAGGCCAUGACGCUUGAGAUGCUGCAGUCCUCGAUGGGCGGCCUGGCAUCUGACUCCAUGGUCAGGAGGAUCUACCAGUGCAUGUGCAGUAUUGACCCUGGACUGGCAGCAGCAGGAUCAUCUGGGAAGACCAGCACCCCUUCUUCCUCUGGAGUCAUUCGAGAGCAGUUGGUCAUCUUUCUGGCAGACACGCUGCGAGGCACUGCAGAAGAACGGGCUCCUCUUGUUAUGGCCAUGUCACAGUGUGGCGUCGCAGUGCCGUCAGCCGUCACAUGUGAGCAGGUAGCAGAGUUCCUACAGGACCUGAUUUCUGCUGUAGUUCAGAUUCUGGUCCACAGAGGGCGUCUGCAGGGCUGGCAUCCAGAGAGAAUGGGUGAUGGUUCACUGGGUGUCAAACUACUAGCAGAGCAGAUGUGUUCUGAACUCAAACCCUCAGAUCAGGGACUUUGUGAUGUUUCGUGUCUAGAGGACUGGAUCUUCAGGGUCUCUCAGGUGUCAUUGUACAUUGAGAUGCUGGUAGCUGAGGGCCUGAAUGUGUCCCUGAGCGGCCGGCCGACCCCCACCCUACUGCCCCCCUGCAGAGAGACACCGUGGAAAAACUUGAGGUGUAUGCUGGACCUCCCUACCUUAAUGUUUCUUGCACCACAGUUGCCAGACAGCUACAGCGCCCCCUGGAGGCUUGUGUUUUCCACACAGCUGCAUGGAGAGAGCUUUACCCGGAUGGUGGCCGGCCUGAUGAAGCGUGGGCCCACAUUGCUGCUUCUCAAAGACACAAAGGGACAUGUUUUUGGCGGCUUUGCAUCCCACGCCUGGGAGGUCAAACCUCAGUUCCAGGGUGACUCCAGAUGCUUCCUGUUCACGGUGUUUCCCACACUGAGAGUUUAUACGGCAACAGGAUACAACCAACAUUUCAUGUACCUCAACCAGAACCAGCAGACCAUGCCGAACGGACUGGGCAUGGGCGGUCAGCAUGGAUACUUUGGCCUGUGGCUGGACAGUGAUUUUGGCCGGGGUCACAGCCGUGCACGGCCUAAGUGCACCACCUACGGCAGCCCUCAGAUCUCUGGAGAGGAGGAUUUCACGCUGGACCUGAUGGAAGUGUGGGCGGUCGGCAAACCCCCAGAACCAGAGGAGGGCGAAGAGGGGCAGGGAAAGAAGAGUAUCCUGGAUGUGGAUCCAGAGGUCCAGGCCAUGAUGGAAAUGGCUGGGAAGACUCUGCACAGUCAGGGUCUUAGAGAGCCCGAGGAAGACGAGGACCAGUGACUGGAAACAGGGAGAUAGACCAAAACAAUUCUGAUGUAUUGAGGCUCCUCCUGGUACGGACACGAGUAUAGAUGUAAUCAUCUGACACGGCUGAAUAACCGCCACUUCUGACUUUAAGACACGCCUCUGAUACCCACAGUGAUUACAGGUUUUCUGUCUUUCAUCAUGCUCAGACACUUCUGCUCCUCUUAAUGACCCACGAGGCUUCUUGUGUAAGAUGGUUUUUCAAAUCGUAGUCUUACUUACAAUUCUUGACCACAGAUGAGAGUUGGAACAUAUGUCACCUGGUAAAUCAAACGUUUUCCUUUCUCCCCUAAUCACAAAGGUUUGGUUCAUCACCUGCAUUACCGGUUAACACAUUUGUACAACAUUUUCAAACAAGAGUUCUCCAUGGGUCUGCUUUCAAUGAUGAAGGAAUCCUCUUAGAAUAACUUAGGAAAAAUUUUAAUUUGAGAAUCAGAACUUCUGCGUAAAUGUGUUUCUUGCUGAAGCAUUGAAAAUCCCUGCGUCAGGGUCUCCAGUUUUUAUUCUGAGCUGUUGUUGAUAAUUAUGAGUAUUUAAUAAACUUAUGAACUUCUUCCAAAGUGAUACAUUGAAGUUAUUCAGAGAAUUCCUCAAAUACAAAGCAGUAAAGGGACUCUAAAUACUUCAACUCAAACUGUGGAGAAGCUUUAUUUAUAUAUAUUAUACAAACCACUCUAGCAGACCUGAAUGAGUGUAUGUCUGAGAUAAGAAGGACCUGGGAUCUGGGUCUGUUAUAGACCUGACAUAUAGUACCAGGUGAUUUCAAUCAGGUUUGAUGUGUACAACAUUGUCUCAGGUGUCUAUUUUUAUUUUAUUUUGUUCAAUUGUUAAUUAUUGUCUUGUCAUCUUUUUGGACAUUUUAGAAACAGUAUCUAAAGGAAGUCCAGACAGGUUGGCCCAAAAGGUUUGACCUGUUUAUGAUAAUUUUCCUGAAAGCUUGGAGCAGAAAAAAAAACAGCAAGAGACAGCGACAAAUGUGCUCUGCCUCACUUGAGAGUCAGAACGGGUCCACAUGAGAACGUCAUUCGUCAUCUACUUUUUCUCUGCCAUUCUUGUGUAAUGAAGCAAGCAGAUAUGUGACCAGUGAGGUGACAAGACUGACAGGGAGGAUCAUCCAGUGUAUUUAUAUUAAAGUAGAAUAUUUAAUUUAUGACUUUUGUCUGGGAUGUACAGGGCAUUAAAAAAACCCUGCUUCUUAAAGAUUACCUCCCCUACCUUAAAGUUCAUUUCACUCUGUGACAAAGAUAUCACAACAUUUAACAGAUCUGGGACCCUGAUAUGAUGCGACACACCCCAGACUCAAAUGCAACCAUACAAUGUGAACCCAGGACGAUGCAUCAGUCAUAAAUCAUUUUCUUUAAGGUCCUGUUUAGACCUUUAUGCAGUAGUAUUAUCAGUUUGUACAGUAGUGCUGUAGAAAGUGUGUGUAAAACCAGUUCAAAAAUAGAGCUUCUGCAGUGGUACACCAAUUAAAGUGCAGGGACCAGAGGAGAGUUUCUUCAUGCUUUAUUUCUCAACAACUUGAUUCCACUUGUGACAAGCGUAGUAGUCAGAUGAUUUAACUCUUAAAGAAAAAGGAAAACAAUAAUCAGGGCCACACCAGUAAAUCAAAUUAAGUAGUAACUAAACAAUCUCAUAAAUGCACAAAAUCAUAUAUUUACACAUCAAGUACUCACUCAAAUAAUGCAGCUAUCAGAGUCACAAUAGAGUUGUCAGCCUGUCAUGCAGCUCAGCAGUGUGAAGCAAACAAAAGGAGUGAGCAUGGCCUGCUGCAGGCCUCUUAAUUGCUCAGGUGUGGCCUGAUUGGUUAAGACUAGGCUUAAAGGGGAAGUGGGAUCUGCAACAAGUGCUGUUGAAAAUGUGUUCAUUUUCUCUCAGAGUAAUUUCACUUGAACACAGUACCUAAAGUUGACUGAGGACACUAUGUGUGUGUGUGUGUGUGUGUGUGUGUGUGUGUGUGUGUGUGUGUGUGUGUGUGUGUGUUGAUGUGUCUUAUAUUUCUUGGUUGACAUUGCCCAUUAGCUCAGUCAGUGUGUCUUUAUUUGAACAUGUGUGACUGUAUAAUGUUGUCUUAACAAGAAGAGCUGCAUAUUGAGAUCUCUUAUUCUGUUAGUGAAAAACAGCUGCUCAGAGUGUGAAAGGCUGUAUUCACCUCCUGAUCUGCUAUCAUGCAAAUAACUGAGGAAAGUUACACAUGCAAAUCUCUGUCAUAUAAUCCUACAGCAGUUCACACGAAGGAGUGUAGGACACAGCCCCAUGCAGAAUGUGUGUACUUGUUUUUAUAUUUGUGCAUGGGAAUUCUUUAUUUAGAGAGAUGGAUCUUUUUUUCAGUAUAUAUAGUAUUAGAUAAACGCCCACUUCAACUCAGUGUGCUUUUCUUUUCUGAUUGGUAUCUGGUGCUCUGGUGAUUUGACAUUAUCCCAUUGGCGCUAUACAAACAAAUAAAGAUUGAUUGCUUUAACCUUU